AUGGGACAUCACCGUGCAAGAGCAAGGGAAGAAAGACUUCGUUAUCAGCCAUCAGAAGCUGAGACGGGUAAUGUAUGUUGUGUUUCAGAUUUCUUUUCAUUAAUUCAAGAGAACUCAUCAAACAUUUUGAAGGAUCCCGCCCUGAUCAAAGCAGCGCGAAAGAAGAUAAAACAUCAUCACCUACAAACACGUCAUGUCAAUAUAGUUCUCAAUCAACCAGACUUAGAUAGACACAGUCGUAGUGUUCGGGUGGAAGAUAAACCUAAUCCAAAAAACUAUACGAACGAACCAGUUGCAGGACAAGAGCCUUAUAUCCUUAAGGACUGUAAGCUAGGGGUAUUGACGGACAAAAGGAACCACAAGGUGGUUGCUCUUAUUCGUCAAACACCUUUCAAGUCUAUGACUUCAAAACAACGUUCCGAGCUACGAUUUCUUGCAAACUAUUUACAUGAAGAGCGAGAGUUUUCGAACCCGAUCAUGGGGAAAGGUGAUAUGUUGAGAGGAAAUCUGGGUACGGUGGGGUUUCACAAAGCGUUUCAUCCAUCAAAAGUGACUGGUCUUCGUCCCUGUAAGAGAGUACAACGUAGUCGUAAACUGCUCACUUACUGGUGGAGACGAUGUGUACUCCGUCGUCCUAAAGUGCAAAACAUCUAUACACGACACUUCAAGUCCUUAUCGAAAUUUUUAUACAAAGAAACGUGCAAUCAAGCUAAUCCCCACCAGAAAAAAGAUUCUCUUGGUUGGUCCUUGGGUAUCUUCUUACCGUACAACAAUAAAACUGGCCAACUCGCCUACAAGCAUCAAGGUUUUGACGUUCAAGGUGGUGGUUUUUGGUGGCCAGAUCUUAAAUGUGAAGUCGAUUUUGGAUCAUGUGAUGGGAUGACAGAAGUUUUAUGGCGAGGUAAUAAGGAACUUGUAUGUACUAGACCUUCAAUCGAGCCUUCAGGAAACUUUACUCGACUAGGAACUUCUUUUCAAGUUAAGACAAAGUAUAAAAACUCAUGUGGUUCAAUUACAAAACGUUGGAAAUCUUACAUUAAUCCAGUCUUGAAGGUAUCACAAAUCAAACAAAAGAAUUUGAAACGAAUUCGAUACGUUGGUAGUCCUUCAUUCCUUUACAAAAUGUAUCUUAAAAAAAUUGAAAAACAAGAGCAGCAAGGUUUAAAGAAAACCGAAUCUGAAUAG